CUGAGGAAAUGUGACGUUUUCGUGAUGCUGACAUUGAAGAAAUAAACAAAUGGAGGAAGAAAAUGUUUAAGGUGUAUUAGAAUGGGGUAUAAAGAACAUGUAUACGUCAAAGGUAACAGCAUUAUUCCAGCGUUAUUACUCCAACAAAAUAAGUGAUUGCAGUUUAAUGUCGAUAGUGAGACAAUUCAGUGAAACUCUUCACAUUCUAACAGUGGGUCGCCAUUUAAGGACUGUUUUGCGUCUUACUGCUUAGAUAUCACACAGCCAACCCGGGUGCAGAGAACUUCCUGGCAUUCCUGAAUGACCUUUAGUCCCGCAUCCAUCCCAGAAUUUUGCUCCAUACGGAGCCUGAAAGUUUGGCGUGUUUGAGGUGUCACUUCUCUCACAUCCCCAGCAAUUAUUGUAACUUUCCUCACAAGUGUGCGUGAUGGAGGUUUUAUUGUUCUGCAGAGAAGCGUGUCAGGCUGUGAGUGGGGGGUGGGAGGAGAGGUGGGGCCACUUCAGGCACGCGUCCCCUUUGACUCAUUGUAAUAUUAAUGGGUCCCCACCCCCCACCCACGCUCACCCAGGCGCCACACAAAGCAAAACAUACAUACACUGUAAAGAAGGUAGAAAACACAACUUAUGUCAGAAAUCUGAUUGCACUCUAAUAAACAUGUUAAAAGAAUUAUUUAUAAUUGGGAUCAGAUUUCUUUGUGUCUUUUAUUUAUUUAUUUACCACAGCUAACAUUUCAAACUGUUCUUGUGAAACAUUAACUUUUUGAUUUUUAUCAGCUGCCAUCUUGGCGGCGCAGGUGGCGCGUCAGGUCAGUGUUUGCAGAACAGUUCAGGUGUGUUUACUCUACCGCAUCCCUGCGACAGGUGCUGGACCUCGCAGCCCACCGCAACUCCUCCUUAGCCAAUGAGAGCGCAGCCUGCUGCUGCUGCUGUUGGUGGUCUGUAGGCUCAGGCACGUGCGCGCGCGCGCGUGUAAGUCAAUAGCCAAGAGGGAGGAAGCUGCCUCUCGAGCGCGAGCAUGUGCCGUUUAUUACCAUACAGCUGUUCGCUCGCGCUCCAAACAAAGGCCCGCACCCUCCCUGUCGCGCCCCUUCACCAAGCCGAGGAGGCCCGAAUAACUGCUAGAAGCUUUAAUAAAGUCUGAUCCUGGACCUGCCCAGCCUUUGUCACCGCACACGCGUCGGAGCAAUUACAGAAGGGGGCAAAGAGAGAAGAGAAUAAAGAAAAAGGAAGGCCCCCUCUUUCUGUUGAUUGGGGCCGACUGUAUCCAUGGUUUCCUUCUCUCAUAAUCCAUAGCUUUCAUAUCUUAAGUUCAGAAAACUUCUUGAUCUGUCAGUUUAGUGAAAGUUGUGGUUGUUUGAUAAAACUAGGAAACUGAAAGCUGAGAUCGUCCUGGAAGUCUGAACAGGAUUGUCAACAUUCGAUUGGUUGAAAGAGAAAAUUAAGUUUAACUGCUUCAUUCGAACAUUUUUCCAUUUUAAAUUCACUUUUUUUAAAAAAAAUAUAUAUUUUCUGCUGACUCGCGACUGAUUUGCUGUUGAAACGUCAGAACGGUGACAGAUCACCUCCAUCACUUUGAUUUUGCGUGGCUAAUUAACGUGAUGAGAAAACUGUAGAGGGAGCGUAUCUGCUCCGCGCCAGCUUCUUAUGAAUAUUCCUCAGAUUUCCACUCCAAAUGUAAUGUGGGUUGCCUAAUUCCCCGAGCAGCCCCCCGUGUGUCAGGAUGUUCCCCUGAGGUCUGCGCGCGCUCCACCUCCUUGCCGCGACGCGCGGGACGCGCGGCUAUAAAAGCCCUUUGCGUCUUUACGCACCAGAACCGAACCAAGAGAGCGCCAGCUUCCUCACGGGACCCAAGGGGAGAUCACCAGAGGGGAACUGGAAGCACUGGAAGGAUAUCCCACUCCACGGGGAUGAAACUUUUUAUAAAGAGAUCUGACUUUUUAUAAACUGAACGCUUUCGAAGUCUACUGUUAUUUUUGGGAUAUUAUUGCGAACAUCUAUUUAGAACCCAAGGAACCGGACUUCACCGAAUACAAUGGCGCAUUCACACCUGAUAUAUCUCUUGGCUUUGACCUUGGUGCACGUGGUUUGGUCCUCCGGUGUCUUCGAGUUGAAGAUCCACUCCUUCCACACGGCGCAGCGCAUCUGCAGAAGACACAGAGACUGUCACAUCUUCUUCAGGAUUUGCCUAAAACACCCGGAGGAUGUGAUCUCAGCCGAGCCGCCCUGCACCUUUGGCACCGGCCACACGAACGUAAUCCGGGCGGAUCACACGUCGAUCUCCAGCAGCGCUCCCAUCCGAGUCCCCUUCCACUUUAAGUGGCCGGGGACUUUUUCAUUGAUCAUCGAAGCCUGGAACGCAGAAUCUCCAACAGAGUACACAGACAACCAAAAUAACCUGGUGAGCCGCCUGGCGACCAGGAGGAGGCUGGCUAUCGGCGAGGACUGGUCCCAGGACGUGCACUUCGGCGAGCAGAGCGAGCUGCGCUACUCCUACCACGUCUACUGCGACGAGUACUACUUCGGGGACGGCUGCGCGGACUACUGCAGGCCGAGGGACGACACGCUGGGCCACUACACCUGCGACGAGGAGGGCAACCGCAUCUGCCUGGAGGGCUGGAAAGGAAACUACUGCUCUGAGCCCAUCUGCUCGGCGGAUUGCAGCGAGAAGCAUGGCUACUGCGAGGCCCCAGGGGGCUGUACAUGCCGCAUGGGCUGGCAGGGCCCCUCCUGUAAUGAAUGCGUGCGUUACCCAGGCUGUCUCCAUGGGACGUGCAGCCAGCCGUGGCAGUGUAACUGUCAGGAGGGCUGGGGGGGCCUCUUCUGCGACCAGGACCUCAACUACUGCACCAACCACAAGCCAUGCGCCAACGGGGCCACCUGCACCAACACGGGUCAGGGCAGCUACACCUGUACGUGUCGGCCCGGCUUUGGAGGCACCAAUUGUGAGCUGGAAACCAACGAGUGUGACAGCAACCCCUGCAAAAACGGAGGCAGCUGCAAUGACCUGGAGAACGACUACUCCUGCACCUGUCCACAGGGGUUCUACGGAAAGAACUGUGAGAUCAUUGCCAUGACCUGCGCAGACGGUCCCUGCUUUAAUGGCGGAACCUGCGUGGAGACGAUGACAGGAGGCUACACAUGCCGCUGCCCUCCCAGCUACACCGGCUCCAACUGUGAGAAGAAGUUGGACCGCUGCAGCAACAGGCCUUGUCUGAACGGUGGUGACUGUUUGGACCUCGGCCAGAGUAUCUUGUGCCGCUGUCAGCCAGGUUUCACCGGUGCCAACUGCCAGGUCAACAUCGACGACUGCACCUCAAAUCCCUGCCAAAAUGCUGGAACCUGCCAGGAUGGUGUGAAUGACUACACUUGCUCCUGUACCUUAGGGUACACUGGCAAGAACUGCAGCAUCCGCUCUGAUGCCUGCGGGGCUCGUCCGUGCCAAAACGGAGGCACUUGCUUCACCCACUUCACUGGGCCUGUAUGCCAGUGUCCGAAGGGCUUCAUGGGUCCAAGUUGCGAGUUCACACUUCAACCCAGUUUCAAGCCCGCUUUGCGCCAAGCCUCCCAGCCCUCCUCCACCACCACCGUCACCAUCUCCUGCCUCCUGGCAGUCCUGGUGCUGGUUCUGGUCGCAGGCAUCUUUUUCCUGAGGCGGAGAAGAAAGAGGAUGGAGGGAAGGAAGCAGCUGAGCGACAUUGCGGUCUACAAUGACUUGGAGGCGGUCAACAACCUGGGAGGCAGCGAGAGAGAUGCUUUCCUCAGCCCUAACAGCCUCUUCAAGAUCAGCAACAGUACAGCUCGCCUCAGCCUCACGCUGUGUCCCGAUGGCAGACCCGGGUACAGACACAACCCGGUGGAGAGCAGCCUGGCCAGAGCGGAGCGUCAGGACUUCAUGUGGAGGGACGAUGCCAUGCUGGGCUCUGCACCCGGGCUGAGAUGAAACCAGGACAAAAACACACACGUUGAAACAGGGGCAAAGAACAUUUUAGCACUUGUUGCUUUUCUCUCUUUUUGAAGAGAGGAGCAGACACAUAAACAGAUAGAAAUGUCAAUAUAAAAAGUUACGUUCUGACACAUGAACUAAUGAUGAUUUACAAGACUUUUGGAGACUUGUAAAGGAUUGUGCUCUUUAGUGUUCAAGACCCAAAGAGACAAAUAAUGUAACCCGCCACUGAUAGGACCUACAACACAAACCAAAUGCAGGAUGAAGCAA